ACACCGGAAAUAAGAAAUAUUUCAGUAAUCUUGACUCAGGAAAGUUGCUCUCCUAUGAAACACGGAAGAUAGGUCGUGUAAGCACGCUAUACAGUGGAUUAUAGAGAUUUUUCUUGAGAGGCUUUUAAAUAUUUUGUUUCUCUUUGCUUGAGAUUUCAUCACACAUCCAGUAGGAAAUGUAAACACGGGAAAGCUCACAGUGCUUUGUAACAACAUUCACUGAUUUUUAUUCUGCUGCUGAAAUCGAUUAACAAUCUUUAUUUAUUGAUUGGUAGAAGUAAAAUAAUCCGUGAAGAAGGGGAAAGGAGCGAAUCUUCUGUGAAUAUGCAUUAUAUAUUGUGAGUGAUUGACAUUUUACAUUGAUACUUAGCAGGGACCUACUCUAUCAAUACUUUAAUUUGAUUGGACGGCGGCCCAGUCAAAACUGUAGUCUUGGAUACGCGAGAAUCUGUAUUAACAUAUCUAUAAUUGCGUCGCGCUGGCAAAUAUACAUUUGAAAUGUGAAUGUUUUCUGCUGAUUGCAGCAGCAUCUGUAAAUGUGCUAUCCAGAAAUAUUUUAAAAUCUGGACAUUUUUAAAAACAUUUUGUCAAUCACGGAAGAAAUUAUACGGUGGACUUUGUGCAUUUAUAAAUAUCUUCCGGAAAAUACUCAAAGGUGAAGAAUAAGGCGAGGAAUAAAACUAUAUUGAAUGAGUCGUUAAAGAUAAUUGGUGGCGAAAAUCAACGGUAUAUAGGUUUUCAAUCAUACUAUUGGCCGUUUCAUUCUAACACUGAGUUUGUGACCAGCUGCGUGUGUUCUAAGUAGAAUUGAUUUUCCUUGAUUCAAUGAAGAAAUAGUGUUCAUCUUUACGUAUACAUACAUCAUGUCUGAUUCGACAGAGUCCUUUCCGGAUAUAUUGGAGCUAAACGUUGGUGGAGUGUUCUAUACUACGUCUUUAGCCACCGUCAAAAAAGAAGGCGACUCACUGCUGGGACAGAUAUUCAAUGGCAGUUCCAAGGUCAAAGUUGUAAAGGACUCGAAAGGUAAAUACUUCAUUGACAGAGAUGGCGUUUUAUUCAGAUAUGUUCUUGACUAUCUCAGAAACCAGAAAAUUGUCCUACCGGAAAAUUUUCACGAAAAAGAAAGACUGAAACAAGAGGCUGAAUAUUACCAGCUGCCCAAUUUAGUGAAGAUGCUGCAUUCGGCUAUCAUGUCCCCACCAAAACUGGGACAACUUCAACACAGUAAAGUUCCACCCAUCAGUAAUAGUAAUUCUCUUUCACCUGUUAGCAUGGAGGGAAAGAUACCAGGUUAUAUAACCGUUGGAUACAGGGGAACGUUUGCAUUUGGUCGAGACGGAUUAGCAGACGUCAAAUUCCGUAAAAUGAGUCGAAUAAUCAUCUGCGGAAAGGUUUCCAUUUGCCGCGAAGUAUUCAAGGAUACUUUGAACGAAAGUCGAGAUCCUGACCGAGGUGAAUCGGAUAGAUACACUGUCCGCUUUUUCUUGAAACACAAUUACUUGGAGCAAGCUUUUGACAUGUUGGCUGAAGAAGGGUUCAGGCUGAUGGGAACCUGCGGCUCUGGCACAAACAAUGCUGGGGAGGUCAAGGCCGGGAUGGACACCGAGGAGGCACGGUGGCAGCACUACAAUGAGUUUAUCUUUGAAAGAAGGUAGAAUGUGUUUUGAAAUCUUUCCUUUUUUCUGUUAUGAAGUGUCAUCGAAAAUUGUAUGUCUAUCGUGAUUUGGUUUCUACAUUGAACAAAACACUUUGUGUGCGAAUGGAAUGGCCGUGUUUUAAAUCUCGCUGGACACUUUGGAAGUGGUGACUGAGUUUUAAUAGUACCGACUGUUGGAUGCAUUUAGCCUCUGCUCUCUAUGGUAGAUUCAUGAUAAUCAGACAAAAGCCUUUUAUGUCUGUUAAUUAAAACGUCAACGUGUUAGAUUUAUCUUGACAAAUCUGGCCUUUUUUGUCAAUAAUAUAAAUUCAUUGUACAUAACCUGUUCAUAUAUUCGAUGAUACAUAAAAAAGUUGUCGGUUUAUUAUAUGCACGAGAUUGUAAGGGAACAUAGAUCGUAUUGGAAAAUAAAGUACCUUGAUAUGUAAA